CGCUCGGCGCCCCAGAGGAGACGAGAGAGGGCGCGAGCAUCAUGCCGAGCCCGCGCGCACGGAGCCCGAGGACACAUCUGAGCUUUGUCACACAGUUGGUCAUAAAUAAAUAGCUUCCCGCCGAUGCUGCCACGGAUGAACUUUGUAUUUGAAAUUGUGUGACGGAUAUUUGAUCAUGGGCAACUGAAAUCCUCAAGGACGCUCGAAGACGCAGGUUUUUGGAUACGGCUCACGCGUAAUUACGCGCAAGAAAGUGUCCCCUUGUUUAGCAGCGACCUCAGUGCCAUGAAUCGGACCCGGCAGUGCGUGGCCAUGUAUCUGCUGGCUCUGUCCCUCGGACUCCUCACGGAAAGAGGGGUCGGUCAGCACUACUACCUUCUGCGCCCCAUCCCGAGUGACAGUCUGCCGCUGGUGGAAUUAAAAGAGGACCCGGAUCCCGUCUUCGACCCCAAGGAGCGGGACCUUAACGAGACGGAGCUGAAGGGCGUCCUGGGGGACUUUGACAGCCGCUAUUUGUCCGUGGCGCCGCCCGCGGAGGACAAGUACACCGGGAACGACGAGCUGGAUGACUUUGAGGUGCAGAAGCCCGGGGGGGUGCUUCCCAAAGACAUCCGGGCGGUGGACUUCGACGUCCAGUUCGGCAAGAAGCACAAGCCCAGUAAGAAGCUGAAGAGGCGGCUGCAGCAGUGGCUGUGGGCGUACUCGUUCUGCCCGGUCGCGUACACGUGGACCGACUUGGGGAACCGGUUCUGGCCGCGGUUCGUGCGCGUCGGCGGCUGCCUCAGCAAGAGGUCGUGUUCGGUUCCGGAGGGGAUGGUGUGCAAACCCGCCAACUCGACCCACCUGACGAUACUGCGGUGGAGGUGCGUGCCGAGGAAAGGGGGGCUGAAAUGCGCGUGGAUACCGGUGCAGUACCCGAUCAUCACAGACUGCAAAUGCUCCUGUUCCAGUUAAAAGAAAGAGACACUCCGAAUAAUAAAUUAUACGCUCAUUAUUUUUGUGAUUCUUUUUUUUGUUGUUCACGUGCACUACUGAGUGUAGGAAUGUAUUUCUGUAUCUGCGGUGCCAUGCAGUUCUAUUUGGCUCCCUGUACAGAGUCAGUAUUAUUUGUAACCAGAGCCUACUUUAUUCGUGGAGAAUAUUGGUUAUAUAUUUUGUAUUUAUGAGAUAUGGCGCAUAGAGCCACGUAAGGACUUGCUGUUUUUUCCAUAUUUGGAAGAAGGGGAUCGACCUCAAAGUUAAGCGUGGAUUAUUGAUACUUGUUUUAUCCUGUAAAUUAAGGAAAUGUGCUAUUUAUUCUUUAUAUUCGUACAAUAAAACAACACUGAAAUGACUUUUAAA